UCACAGUGUCACCACAUUCAGUCAGAGGCGGUCACAAUGCUGGUUCUAUUUGUCAUCUCGCUUGUCCUGGCUACAUCUUUAGCCCAAAUCCCCAUCCCCCAAAGGGAGUUGGGGUUUGUCUACAAUUCUGCCAGCCCCAAUGCGCCGGUGCACUUUGACUUCUACAUCGACCAAAUGUGCCCUUACAGCAAGGAGUCGUUUGGAACUAUUCUCCAACUGGCGACCGUAUAUGGGCCGGAAAACAUGAAACUGACGACACAUUUGUUCCCGUUGCCUUACCACCGGAACUCCUUUUACGCCAGCAAGGGUUCGCACAUCUUCAACAACGCGUCGGAUAACGCCAUGACAUUCAACUGGAUAAAAACUAUUUACGAAAACAUGGACCUUUUCUCUAAUAACGCCACCAUCAAUUUGCCGGACAUCCAGAUUGUAGAAAUGUUUGCCAAUAUUGCUGACAAGAUGGGCGUACCGGCCUCCCAGUUUACAGCCAUGAUAAUGGAUGAGAAUAUCGAGAUGGACACGAGGCUCGGCUGGAAGUACUGCUGCACACGAGGAGUGGCGCAUACCCCGACGUUCAUGGUCAACGAUGUCGUGGUUGCCGGGGAACCGACGUGGACCGUGGCCGAGUGGAAACAGGUCAUCGACCCCCUGCUGUCAGGGUCACCCGUCCGUCCAUUGAAGGCUGCCAACUCCACCUGUCCUCCGGGGAUAAAGCAAUGUGAAUUCCUCCCCGGCAAGAUCGAAUGCUGCAAAGAUGGCGAGUUCUGCAUCCCUAACGUGGGAUGUCGGUGUUGACAACAGCGACUGCCUGCCUUAUAACAGACCUCAGCCACAGAAGUGGCCAUCAUAUAAUUAUUAAAAUAUAUAUAUAAAUUU